UAGCGCCACUGUAGACCUUCGCUGGGCCUCUCACAGCGUACCCACAGUGAGCUUAGUCUAAUUACCCCGGACCCUUAAACAUCAUGACAUCCCCCUCCAAACCCCCCCGCUCAGUCCUCAUCACCGGCUGCAGCGCCGGCGGAAUCGGCGAUGCACUCGCCCAAGAGUUCAAGAGACGCGGUCUGCGCGUGUUCGCGACUGCCCGCGACGUGGGCAAGAUGGCGCACCUCGAGAAGCUGGCGAUCGAGCUGCUAGAGCUGGACGUGACGGACGAGGAGAGCGCGGCGAGGGCGGCGGCGGAGGUGGGGAGGCGGACGGGGGAGCGGUUGGAUAUCUUGGUGAAUAACUCGGGGGCCGGAUACAUGGUCCCGAUUACUGAUAGCAAGCUAUCUACCGCUCGGAAUCUCUUUGAGACCAAUCUCUUCUCCAUCUUCAUCGUCACGUCGGCGUUCAUGCCCUUCCUCAUUGAAUCCCGCGGCCUCGUUGUGAACAAUAGCUCUGGUAACGAUCGGAUCCCGUCCGCAUACCACUCCUGGUAUAAUGCCUCCAAGGCCGCCGUCACCAAUCUGGGCGAUAGCAUGCGCCUGGAGUUCGCGCCGCUCGGGGUGAGGGUCGUCACUAUUGUCACGGGCAGUGUGAAGACCAAGUUCAUGAGCAACGUGGUGAACUUCAAAGAGGCGGCCGUGACGCCCACCGAAACCGAGGCCGCAUCCCAGGAAUCGGCGCCGGCCCCGAAACCCUCGGAAUACCAGCUAAUCCCACCGACGAGCUACUACUACCCGCUUCGCGACGUAAUCGAAAAGCGGGAAUGGAUGUUCGAAACCAUGAAGCCCCUGGAUGUGGAUAUCUAUGCGCAACGAGUGGUCGGCGAUUUGCUGGGGAACCCGUCGCCCCGGAUAUAUCGUGGAUCGGCAUCUAGCUUGGCCUGGGCAUUAGCCAAAUUCGUACCCCAAGGAUGGUUGGACGGUUACCUACGGAAGAUGAGCGGGCUUAAUACACUUGAGCCGAAUUUCCCGAAGAAAAACCCGGCAGAAACGAGCUGAGGAUUGGUGGCUGCGUUGCGCACCAGCUUGUUUGAAAGUUGUUCGAGGAGAAGCUGAGCGUCGAUUUCGUGUAUAUUUCAGGGG